AUGACUCUGACAUAUGAACAUCAUAAAUGCCUCCAGAAACCACUGCAGAGUCUUCAUCGAAUCUGUGGACGUCAGCGAGCGACCAUCACUGCCAAACACCUUCCACCAGGUAGGAGAUCAGGGAUGACUUUUUUAGUCUUAAGAUGAUUUAAUGAGACAUCCGGAUCAGGAGAGGACAGUUUUUGUCGGUCAAAAACCUUCACUGGGAUAUUUGUACAUCUGGACGAGCUGCAAAGACAUGCAGAGCAGAAACUCCUCUCCUCUCAUGGUCCUCUCAUUUUCCAUCCUUCACCCACGUCACCUUAGUUCUAUUCUGUUUUUCAUGCUGGAUUAGAUCGUUAGCAUUCUGAUUGAUGAGAGAAAUUAUUUUAAAAUUCAACUUAAUAAUUUUAUCGUAGGAGGAAUCAGUCUGUAAAUAUGCUGUCGAGGGUUUAAGUUUCAGUGCAGAUAGCGAGCUCUGUUGCAUGUGGUAAAGGACUUUUUUGGAACUUUCAAGGUCCAGAUGCUGAUCAUUUCUCUGUUUCCCCUCAGGUCUCACCCUGCAAACUGCUGAUAUGUCGAACAACUCCUCUUCAGAUCCAGGACUGUAUGAUUGCAGCAGCUCUUCAGCUACUUUUAUAGUUACUGCCUACAGUUCGGCCAGACUUCUCCUUCUCGUUCCCCUCUACACCCUGGUUCUGUAUCUGGGUUUCCAACACUGGAGGCAGCACCGCUCCUUCACAACAGCCAGUCACUCUGAUAUCUUCACCUACCAUGUGGCUGCUCUCCAGUUUAUCUGGGUUUUGACUUUCAUCUUCUUAGUUUGGGUUUCAUCCUCUGGUCCUGAUCAGAUGAUUGUGUUUUCUUUCUUUCUCAUGUGCUUUUCUUGGUACGUGGAGAACUUCUUUCACGUCCUGACCUGUGUGGAGAGAUACCUGGCUGUUGUCCACCCCAUCACCUACAUGAGGCUGAAAAACGCCCGUGGGGUCAGGAUCAGGAACAUCAGCAUAGUCUGUGUUUGGUUUCUGUCCUCAGUAUAUAGUGUUGUCGUUUCUGCAUGUUAUAACCCUCGGUUCCCCAUCCCCUUUAUGAUCCCGUUUAGUGUCUGUUUGGUUGCUGUGACUUUCUGCAGCUUCUCUGUUCUCUACGUUCUGAUUCGUCCUGGUCCUGGAGAAGGAGGCCAGGACAGGGGGCGGGUGGACCAAUCAAAGAAAAGGGCGUUUGUCACCAUCACAGUCAUAAUGCUGAUGCUAUGGCUGUGGUUUGGUGGAAUUAUUGUUUUCUACGCCUUCUAUGUCAUGGUAAUUGUGAGAAAUGAUGUAAUUUGUGUGUUUGUAGUUAUUUCGUUCUGGUUCAGUCUGCCCAGUGGUUCAGUGUUACCUCUGCUGUUUCUACACAGGGCUGGUAAACUGGCAAUUUGUUUCCAUAAAAAUAACUGA